UCCCACUUCCCGCACCACAGAGGCGCUGCAUUUCAAACACAUUCACAGACACACCCUCCUCCAUUUACCCUCGCGGUUUGCCCUUGGGGGAAACCCCGAGACCAUCUCUGCCGUCCAAACAAUUAGCCAAGCAAGGGAAGUAGGCAACGUAAGCCCUCAUACAACUCCGUUCCCUCUGGACGCCGAAACGCCCCAUAAUUCAAUUCGCGAUGAUUUUAUCGGAUGUACAAAGUCAGCCAAAACUUAAAACCAACAUCAAUAUGGAGAAGUCAACAUACAGGUUUGCUGUGGAGACUCUUCCCGUGGUUGCUGAGGGGCAGGAGAGCAUCUUGGCCACAUGCACAGCGGCUACCGCCAAGCCCCCCGCUGAGAUACAGUGGAGCACGGCCAGUGCAAGACAACCACUGAGUCUGACAACCUCAACCAACACUACACUGAACCCAGACGACACCGCCACGGUGAGGGUCCACCUGAAGGGAGAGCCCUCCAGAGUCAUGCACCAACAUGAGGUUCAGUGCCUGUUGAACCACACCACUCUGAGCCAGCAGAAGGCUGUUCCCUACGAGCUAGAUGUACACUACCUUCCAAAUUCGGUCAAAAUCAUCCUUCAUGAGAGCGCACCCCAGGCACCAGCGUUUCAGUGUUUAGUAGAUGCCAACCCCCCUCCAACAGAGUUCACAUGGAAGAGACUGAAUAUAUCAAAUCUCAGUGAGACUGGGGGCUUGUUGGAGUUAGUGAAAGUGGGCUCUGACUUCAGUGGUCUGUACAGCUGUGAGGUGUCCAACCCAUACUGAGCAGCAUCUGGUUUCCUGUAUGUGCAUAAAGUUGGUUAGCACUCCAUUGCACCAGUAGCCUUGUGGGUUUUCCUCCCCAUCCUCCUCUGCAUUGGAACUGUAUCUCUCUGGACAUUAUUUUCCAGAGGACCCCUGAGAGAGAGGUAGCAUUGUACAACUUCAGGAAAAACAGUGUACACACACCUUUAUUGACAAGUAUCAUUAUGUUCUGCUGCUGUGUCUAAAAUUAUAUUUACAGUGCCUUCAGAAAGUAUUCACACCUCUUGACUUGUUCCACAUUUUGUUGUUACAGCCUGAAUUCAAAAUUGAUUAAAUUUAGAUUAGAAAAAAAUAAGAAAUUGAAUAUCCCUUUGAGCUGGUUAUUAAUUACACUUUGGAUGGUGUAUCAAUACACCCAGUCGCUACAAAGGUACAGACGUGCUUCCUAACUCAGUUGCCGUAGAGGAAGGACACCGCUCCUGGAUUUCACAAUGAGGCCAAUGGUGACUUUAAAACAGUUACAGAGUUUAAUGGCUGUGAUAGGAGAAAGUUGAGGAUGGAUAACAACAUUGUAGUUCCUCCACAAUACUAACCUAAUUGACAGAGUGAAAGAAGAAAUCCUGUACAUAAUAAAAUAUUCCAAAACAUGCAUCCUGUUUGCAACAAGGCACUAAAGUAGUACUGCAAAAAAUGUGCAAUGGAAUUACAUUUUUGUCCUGAAUACAAAGUGUUGUGUUUUGGGCAAAUCCAAUACAACACAUUACUGAGUAUCACUCUCCAUAUUUUAAAGCAUAGUGGUGGCUGCAUCAUGUUAUGGGUAUGCUUGUAAUUGUUAAGGACUGGGGAGUUUUUCAGGAUAAAAAAGAAACAGAAUAGAGUUGAGCACAGACACUAUCCUAAAGGAAAACCUGGUUCAGUCUGCUUUCCACCAGACACUGGGAGAUGAAUUCACCUUUCAGCAGAACAAUAACCUAAAACACAAAUCUACACUGGAGUUGAUUAUCAAGAAGACAGUCAAUGUUCCCGAGUAGCCGAGUUAGUUUUUACUUAAAUCAACUUGAAAAUCUCUGGCAAGACCUGAAAAUGGUUGUCUAGCAGUCAUCAACAGCAGCCAACAGAUCUUGAAGAAUUUUGAAAAUAAUUAUGGGCAAAUGAACCCAGAAAGACUCAGGGGUGUGAAUACUUACAUAAAUUAGAUAUUUCUGUAUUUCAUUUUUAAUACAUUUGCAAAAACUUCUAAAAAUAUGUUUUCACUGUCAUAAUGGGGUAUUGUGUGUAGAUGGGUGAUAAAAAUAUAUAUAUUUAAUCAAUUUUGAAAUCAGGCUGUAACACAAAAUAAUUUUGAAUAAGUCAAGGGGUAUGAAUACUUUCUGAAGGCACUAUGUGUUCUUUGCAGAGACAUGGCACUGUUUUUUUUGUAGUGGCGAGGCCAUCCAAAAUCCAGUAAAGGUAAGCCGUAAAGAACUGCAGGAUUCUUCAGCUUGUGAGUCCAUUGAUGUUGAGAAACAGAAAGGUGCGGUUUGAUAAGGAUUGUGUAGAUUGGGUAACAUGAGGGGUUUCUCGAUGUUAAAAACAGGGCCAUGUUUUGUUUUUGUGCUCUUUUUUAUGUUUACAUGUUCUAACUAGCAUCUAAACUGUUUAGAAGUCCACAGCACACUACAAUACACAAGUGUGAAGAUGAUUUCUAUGGGAAUUGAUACGUUUUUGUUAUGGUCUUGACUGUUUAUGUAAAACAUUUCAGACACAGUUUUGUUAGAGUUUGCAAUGGUAAAACUGUACCUUGACAUCUGAGAUUGUAUUAGGCAUAAGAGGAUACAGCAUUAAUCAUUUGAAUAAAAAAAAUUCUAGUUUAAAUAUCA